GUUCCUGCCAGGGCCAUGACGGGCGGGCGCUCUCUCUCUCCCCCCCCCCCAACCAGGCUGCACGAUGUCCUGCACAGCGACAAGAAGCUGACGCUGGUCUUUGAGUUUUGUGACCAGGACCUGAAGAAGUACUUUGACAGCUGCAAUGGAGACCUGGACCCCGAGAUCGUGAAGUCGUUCAUGUACCAGCUGCUGAAGGGCCUGGGGUUCUGCCACAGCAGGAACGUCCUGCACCGGGACCUGAAGCCCCAGAACCUGCUGAUCAAUCGUAAUGGGGAGCUGAAGCUUGCCGACUUCGGGCUGGCCCGGGCCUUUGGGAUCCCCGUCCGCUGCUACUCCGCUGAGGUGGUGACGCUCUGGUACCGCCCUCCGGACGUGCUCUUUGGUGCCAAACUCUACUCCACCUCCAUCGAGGAGGUGACCUGGUGGUGCCUUAACUCUCCCACGCUGCUGGGGACCCCGACGGAGGAACAGUGGCCGGGGAUGACCAAGCUCCCGGACUACAAGCCCUACCCCAUGUACCCUGCCACGACGUCCCUGGUCAACGUGGUGCCCAAGCUGAACACGACCGGCCGGGACCUGCUUCAGAACCUGCUGAAGUGCAACCCGGUCCAUCGGAUCUCUGCCGAAGAGGCCCUGCAGCACCCCUACUUCACAGACUUCUGCCCCCCUUAGGGGGUCCCCCCCACACACACACACACUGGAGGCUGCUCGAGGGCCAGGCGUGGCUCGGGGGCUUCCGGGACACGAAGGAGCCGCGUGGAGAUGGGACCAGCCGGAAGGACAUCCCGA